GUGCAUUUAUGAAGAAAAAAAUGAAGCUUUGGUGAACAGUGAAAAUGGGAAUUAAUUUGGAAAAAAACAAAAGUGUCGUCAUAUUUUUUUGGGGAAGACAACUGCAAUGCAAUGGAAUGGGGGAGGGGAGGGAAAAAAAGUGGUAAAAGAAAGCAUUGGGAAAAUGUCUUCUCACAGUCGUACACAGUAAUGGUGUUUUCUUUCUUUUCUUCUUCUUCUUAGAAGAAGAAUUUGGACUCCCUUUUCUUCGCUCUUCUUAGACUCAAAAUCUAAACAACGCUUCUCCGCCGGAGUUAAUCUCUUUCUCUCUCUCUUCUCCGCCGGCGCCGGAAUUUUCGAAUUUCGCUGGUGGGUCAGCGGGAACACCGAUAAAGACUCUCUUUUUGGGUCUAAGUUGGUCGGCCGGAGAGUACUAACAAUGUGGGCUGCGCUUUGCCGGUAGGGAAAAGUUAACGGCGGUUUCCGGUGGGGCUCUCCAGAUCUGUGGCCUGUGGGUAUUCGCAGAAGAGUUGAAAGGUGGAGGCUUUUUAAGCUAGGGUUCCGAUUUAUGUUUUUUGUCAAUUGGGUGGUGGUCGGAGGAAGCGUGCCCCGGCGUCGCCGCCGUGGCUGAUGGUGGCCGGAGAUUUUGACGGCGGAAGGUGGUUCUGGGUUUCUUCAUGGUGACAUUUUGCAGGCAUUGGCUGCUUUAAGGAAAGGCUGUCAGCUUCCGAGAUAUGGGCUCAAGGGAAGGCCUAAGUUUUGUGCAUUUUGACUUUCUAAUAUUAUUGGCCUUGUGGAUUUCUCUGAUUGUCUUCGUAACUUUGGAUUUCUUCACGUGCUGGAAAAAGAACUAACCUUGGAAGGAGGUUUGGAUAAAUGGUCUCAGAGAUUGAAAGAUUGAUGCAUAGAGUGAUGGGUGCCUCUAACCUUUGUUACCUAGCAACUUCUGUCAUUGGGGAAUCAAAGGAUAUCUGCCUUGUUUCUUACUUGUAAGUGUGAGAAUGUCAAACAGUCCAAGCUCAAAUUCUGUUAGCGCUAAAAGGGAAAGUAGCUCUUCUGGGGCUUCGAUUGGUUCUAACCCAAACGUUUCUCCCAAGCGCUCUCGAGCUGAUUCCAGGAGUUCACACGUGUCUUUGGAUCAAAUGAGUGCACAAAAUAUGUUUAGGGUUAGUGUUUCUAGUGCCCCCAGCACUUCUAGCCAUGGUUCUGCUCCGGAUGAUUAUGAUGCUUUAGGAGAUGUGUAUAUAUGGGGUGAGGUAAUAUGUGAUAACGUUGUCAGGGUUGGUCCCGAAAAGAAUGCUAGUGCUUUAAACACCCGAAACGACAUUCUUCUUCCAAGGCCUUUAGAAUCGCAGGUUGUGCUGGAUGUAAAUCAUAUAGCUUGUGGUGUUAGGCACGCUGCCCUUGUCACUAGGCAAGGCGAAGUUUUUACGUGGGGUGAAGAGUCCGGUGGGCGGCUUGGCCAUGGUGUUGGGAAGGAUGUUACUCAGCCCCGCCUUGUUGAAUCUUUAUCUUUUCGAAGUGUUGAUUUUGUUGCGUGCGGUGAAUUUCAUACUUGCGCUGUUACCAUGGAUGGCGAGCUCUAUACGUGGGGAGAUGGCACGCACAAUGCUGGGCUUCUAGGUCACGGUUCUGAUGUCAGUCACUGGAUACCUAAGAGGGUUUCGGGUCCUCUCGAGGGGCUUCAGGUCUCGAUGAUAUCUUGUGGGCCGUGGCAUUCCGCCUUAAUCACGUCAACCGGGCAGCUGUUUACAUAUGGUGAUGGAACAUUUGGCGUGUUAGGGCACGGGGAUAGAGAAACCGUUUUGUUUCCAAGAGAGGUUGCCUCUCUGUCGGGAUUAAGAACAAUUUCUGUUGCGUGUGGUGUGUGGCACACUGCUGCUGUUGUGGAGGUCAUCGUUACUCAAUCUAGCGCUAGUGUUUCGUCGGGAAAAUUGUUUACUUGGGGAGAUGGGGAUAAAAAUCGCCUUGGACACGGUGACAAAGAGCCCCGCUUGCAACCUACAUGUGUGCCAGCACUUAUCGAUUACACCUUUCACAAAAUUGCUUGCGGGCAUUGUUUAACCGUCGGUUUAACCACUUCGGGACAUGUUUUCACAAUGGGAAGUACUGUAUACGGUCAACUUGGGAAUCCACAUUCGGAUGGGAAGUUACCCUGCUUAGUCGAGGAUAAACUUACCGAGGAAUGUGUCGAAGAGAUUGCGUGUGGUUCAUAUCACGUGGCUGUCUUAACGUCCCGAAAUGAGGUUUACACGUGGGGUAAAGGAGCCAAUGGAAGGUUAGGCCACGGAGAUAUAGAAGACCGAAAAACCCCAACUUUGGUCGAAACUUUUAAGGAUAGGCUCGUGAAGUAUAUUGCGUGCGGUUCAAACUACACUGCAGCCAUAUGUCUUCACAAGUGCGUCUCUGUCACGGAGCAAUCUCAAUGCUCCGCGUGUAGGCAGGCGUUUGGGUUCACAAGGAAGAGACACAAUUGCUACAAUUGCGGGCUCGUGCAUUGCCAUUCAUGUAGUUCAAGAAAAGCAGUGAGGGCUACUUUGGCCCCGAAUCCAAGAAAACCAUAUCGUGUAUGUGAUUCCUGUUUCACGAAACUGAGUAAGGUGGCCGAGGCGGGAGUUAGUAGCAGGAGAAAUUCCGGGCCACGCCUCUCGGGCGAGAACAAGGACAGGCUGGAUAAGGCCGAGUUACAGUUAGCCAAAUCGGGAGUGCCUUCAAACCUCGAUCUGAUUAAGCAAUUAGACUACAAAGCAGCCAAACAAGGAAAGAAAACCGAUACAUUCUCAUUGGGCCGCUCCUCUCAAGCGCUCUCUUUGUUGCAGCUGAAAGAUGUCUUAUCCACCACAGUCUCGAAACCAGCUUUAACCCCAUUCACCGUUAGUUCCAGAUCCGUGUCGCCUUUCUCCCGGAAAUCCAGUCCCCCUCGUUCAGCAACACCAAUACCUACAACGUCAGGGCUUUCAUUCUCGAAAAGCAUUGCAGACAGCCUGAAGAAGAAUAACGAGUUACUAAAUCAAGAAAUUCAUAAGCUGCGAGCACAGGUCGAGAACCUCAGACAUCGAUGUGAACUCCAAGAAUUGGAUCUUCAAAAAUCAACGAAAAACGCUCAGGAAGCAAUGUUUUUGGCUGCAGAGGAAUCUGCUAAAUGUAAAGUUGCAAAAGAAGUGAUAAAGUCGCUUACUUCCCAGCUCAAAGACAUGGCUGAGAGAUUGCCUCCCGGGACUUAUGAUACCGAAAGUUUGAAGCUACCUUACCUAGUUAAUGGAUUAGAGCCGAGCAGUGUUCACUGUGGUGAUUCAAAUGGGGAGCGUCAUUCGAGAUCUGACUCGGUCGCCAGCUCUUGCCCGGCCUCCCAAACAGGCAUAGACACCGAUGUCAAUGGGCUCGGGAGUCACGGGGAUUUUGGAACUUACGAGACUAAUCAAUUCAACCAAGUUCAGGACGUUCUGACCUCCAAUGGCGGGGACGAUCAAUCGAGUGUUAGAUUUCCUAAAGGAAGCAAUCUUCCCGCUUUCAACAACUGCGUCUCUGAACGAGCUGAGGACCGAGACCCUGGCCCUUUUCAGGACACGGGAAAUGGCUUGAGAUCUAGAAACUCUGCUGCUCUUGGCAAUGAUAGCCAAAUCGAGGCCGAGUGGAUUGAGCAAUACGAGCCUGGUGUUUAUAUAACGCUAGUAGCCCUCAAAGACGGUACUAGAGACCUGAAACGAGUGCGCUUUAGUCGUAGAAGAUUCGGGGAGCACCAAGCCGAGAGUUGGUGGUCAGAAAACCGCGAAAAUGUUUACAAGAGAUACAACGUUAGAGGAUCGGACAUGUCUUCGGCUUCCAGCCACGCUUCUCGCAGGUCGGGACCGCUCUCUCCGCCGUCCCAAAGCUAAGAAAAAGUUAGCAGAGAUCUGUGACUUCUAAACAGGUAUGCUCUUAUGAAAUAGCCAAAAUCCCUUUUCUCAUGCAGCCUCUUUUUUCCUUUCCCAAUUUUAUAAGUUUCUUUUUCUUGUUUUGAUUUGUAUUUUUGAGAGCUUAUAGCCAUUUUCUUGGCCAUUGUAUUCUACUGUAUAUAAUAUCAUCAAUUGUUGUAUUCAUUGUGAAAAAAAGGCAAAAGUUCUUGUACCCUCCCUAGUCCCUAGCUGUUUAGACUUAAAAAGAAACUGACAAAUCACACUUUUCGUUUCUCAGUUAUACUGUCAUCACUUUUCGUUCUUCAGUA